AUGAUGGUUUUUAUUAUUGUAUAAAUUAUUGGAUAUUCUAUUUAUAAUUAUAAUGAAAGAUUAAAUAAUUAAGAUGAUUCAAUAUUAAUGAAUAAUAUAAGUUUCUAUUUUUAAAUAAUAAGCAAUAUAUUUUUUAGUAUAGAGUUUAUUUUAAAUAUAAUAACCUAAGGAUUAAUUUUUGGUGAAUAUACUUAUUUUAGAAAUUAUUGGAAUAUUUUAUAUUUUAUAAUUAUAAUUUCUAAUUGGUUUUCAUUAUAUUUAAAAGAAGUUGAAUUUUUUCAAAUAUUAAAACUAACUAGAAUACUUACAAUUUUUAAAGUUUCAUCAUAGAUGAGAAUAACAAUAGAAUCGUUUAUUGGAAGUUUUAAGCAUUUACCAAAAAUUUUUGUGCCUUUAUUAUUUGUAAUGUUAUAUUAUACAAUAGUAGGAAUAAGUUUAUUUAAUAGUCUAUAAGAAAACAGAUGUAGAUAUACCAAAUAACCUGUUUUAAAAGAUGGAAAAUUAGAAUGGCCUAUCGACCCUUCUUUAAAAUAUACAUGUGGAGUUUUUGAAUGUCCUGAAAACAGAUAUUGCGGAAAUCCAGGUGAUUAUGAUAUGCCUUUAAAUCCUGAAGAAAAUAAUAUUCCAGAAUUAUAUUAUGGAUAUGAUACAUUUGAUUAAUUUAGUGAUACUUUUUAAAGUAUUUUUUAAUUUUUGAAUGUUACUGGAUGGAGUUAAACUACUUAUAUUUUAUGGAGAUCAUAAUAUAAAACAAUUACAGGCGCUUAUUUUAUUUCACUUAUCGUUUUACUUGCUUACGUGUUUUCAAAUAUAUUACUUGCAUCUCUUUAUUAAGGAUUUUUGUUAUAAAAAACAAUCAAGAAUAAAAAUCUAGAAGAAAUAGAAUUAUAAAAUGAUGAAAAUAAUUAGUAAAUAAAUAAAACAAAUAGAAAUUAAUUAAAAAGAUAAAGUGUAUUAAGCAUAGAAUUAUAAAAUAUAUUAAGAAUAAAAUAUUAAAAGAAAAAUUAAAUUUAGAAUUAAAUAAAUUAAUAAAAUUGUAAUAUUUUUAGAAAUAUUAUGAAAACAAGUAUAUUCAAAAUAUUAACAUCUGCAAAUAAUAUAUUUUAGAUAAUACUAUUAGCUAUAGACAGAUAUCCUAUUCAUAUUAAUGAAUUAAGAAUUUUAAACUUUUGCGAUUUUGUUUCUCUUAUAUUAUUUUUUAUAGAAAUAAUAAUUUGUAUAAUAGGGAAAGGUUUUAAAAUUUUCUUAAAAAAUAAUUUUAAUAAAUUAGAUUUAAUAAUUCUCUCUACUAAUAUUUUAUGUUAUGCUAUGAUUGGGAUAUUAGGAAAUAAUAUAUUUGAAUAUGAUAAUAAUUUAACAUUAUUAUGUAAAUCAUUUAAAGUUUUUAGAAUAAUUAAUUUUUUUUUAUAUUCUAAAUACUUUUUAGCAAUAAAGUUAUUAUUAAAAUCAUUUUUUUUAACAUUAUAAACUAUUAAAAAGUACAUAUUUAUUUUGAUAGUUCUUGUUAUUUUCAUAGCUCAAGUUGGCCGUGAAUUAUUUGCAUAAAAAUAUGAUUUUAAUUAACCCAAUAAUUAAAAUAUUAUCUUUUCAAAUUAUCGAAUUAAUUAUGAAAAUUUCUAGAAUAGCAUUAUCGCUUCAUUAAUGAUAUUCUUUAACGAAGAAUGGCAUAUGACUAUGUAUAAUUAUAGAAGAAUAAUUGGAAAUAGAAGUAGUAUUUUUUAUAUAUUAAGCAUUUUGAUUGGCUAAGUUUUGUUUAUUAGGCUUUUUAUUGGCAUUUAUAUUAAUUAUUUCAUUAAAUCUCUUAAAACCUAUGAAGAAAAAAUGAAAGAGGAAGAAAAUAUAUUAUAAUAAAAUAAAUAAAAUAUUAAUAAUUUUCUAAAUAAUUUUUUCAAUUAAUACAUUUUGAAUUAAAAUAACUAAAUAUAACCUGAAUAAUAUGAUUAAGUUAAAGUCGAUUAUAAUAAAAGCCCUAUAAAUUAAAACGGCUUACAAUUGAAGGAAGAUAUAAUUAUUGAAAAUAAAAAAAGCAAUCUUGUUUCUUUUCCAUAAUCCACUAAAUUCUUUUAAUCAAAAAUGUAAUAAUUUAAUACUAAUAAUAAUUAAGAAAAUUAGUAACAAAAUAAAUAAUAUUUAUAAGAAUAAUAAUAGAAUAAUCCUUAAUUUUAAUUUAUUACAGAGAAUGUUGAUGAUUAUAAUAAUUAAUAAAAAAAAAGUUAAAAUUUUAAAUAAAAAAAGACCACUAAUAAAAUUAAAAGAAAAAAAAAAUUAUAGGUUAAUAAUAUAUUUGAAUAUAAUAUUUAGAAUGAAAGAUAAUUAAAAAAAAUAUAUAACAAAUAUUCAUCAAUUGUAUCAAAAAAUAAAAUAAUACGCAACAACACUCUAAGCAAAUAGAGUGACUAGAAAAUUUAAAACAAUUAGAAUUAUUCAUUAUUUAUUUUCAGUUAAACUAAUCCUUUUCGAAAAAUAUCCACAAAAAUAGUUGAAUCUAAAUACUUUGUAAUCAUAAGCAUAUUAGUAAUAACAUUUUCGUGUAUAACAAUAGCUAUGAAUACUCCUUUUUUACCAAAAGAUAGUAAAAUAAAAAAAAUAUUAGAUUUUUCGGAUUUCAUAGUAACAGGAAUAUAUGCAUUACAAACAAGUUUAUAGAUUGUUUCUUAAGGGUUUUUAUUUAAUGGUUAAAACUCAUAUUUGAUUGGAAGCAAAUGGUAUUGUCUAGAUUUUCUUAUUUUGAUAAUUUCCUUAACAAGAUUUUCUUUUAAGGAAGAAUACGUAUCUUUCGCUAAAUUUAAAGCUCUUAAAAUUCUAAUUAUUUUCGAAUAUUUAUCCAGAAAAAAUGUUCGUGUAAAAUUCACUAUAGAGGCUUUCUUUAAAAGUGUUCCUAGAAUAAUAAAGCUUUUUUUAUUUUCUCUACUUUAUCUUUUUAUGUGUGGAAUUAUGGCUACAAAAUUACUUAAAGGUCGCCUUCAUUCAUGUUAAAGUGAUUAAGAUAUUGAUAUAAUAAAUUCACUUGUAUAAACAAGUAUCGAUUGCAUGGAUUUAGGAGGCGAUUGGGUACCCAAUUUAUAUAAUUAUGAUAAUAUAUUUGAAGCAAUGUCUACUUUAUUUAUGGUUAUGACUACUGAAUGUUGGUAACCUUUAAUGUUUGAUGCUUAUGAUUCAGUAGGAAUAGGAUUUUAGCCAUAAAUUUAAAUGAAUUCUUUUUAUGCAAUUUUUUAUUUGUUGUUUUUUUUCAUUGGAAAUACAUGUAUAUUGAAUAUGUUUGUGGGAGUUAUUGUAGAUACAUAUUAAUCAUUAUCAGAAUCAUAAAGUAAUUUAGAUAAAUUGCAGGAAGAAUAAAAAGAAUGGUUUUUCAUAAAAUAAUCUAUUUUUAAAUUAAAUCCAAAAAAAAAAAUGCAAGACCCAAAAAACUUCAUAGAAUUUUUUUUACAUAAACACAUGAUAGUAGGAAAUGGAUUAAAUUUUUUCUUCUAUUUAUUUAUUGUUGUUAAUAUUAUAUCUUUUUUACUUUUCCAUACAAGAUAAUCAUAAGAAUAUACUAAUAUUCUCAAUUUAAUAAAUUUUAUUUGCACUUGUGUUGCUACGGUUGAAAUUUUAUGUAGAAUUUAUUGUUUGAAAAUUCAUUAUUUUUAUCAAUUUAUUAAUAUACUUGAUUUAAUUAUUGUUGGCUUUACAUUUAGUGAGAUAUUUAUCACUUAUAAUAAUAGUAUUAAAAUUAAAUCGUAUUCUAUAUCAAAUAGAACAUUUGAUGCGGUUUCUAAAGCAUUAUAAACAUUAAGGCUCUAUCGAAUAAUAAAGCAUAUUCGAAAUAUUGAAAAGUUAUUUAAUAGUUUAUUCAAAGCUCUUUCUGAAGCAAGUUCCAUAUUAAUAAUAAUGGGCUUUUUUUUGUACAUAUCAGUAAUAAUAUCAACAAACAUGUUCCCUUUUUUAAAAUUUUAAACAAAUCUAAAUGGAUAUGAUAUUCAUUUUAUGAAUUUCCAGUAAGCUUUUUUUACUCUUUUCAGAAUCGCUACAAGUGAACAAUGGUAUGUGAUUGUGGGAGAAGCUUCUAGAUAAAUGCAACCGAACUUUGUUUGCAGAAACGAUAUAUUUACAUAUGAGGAUUAUGUUGAAUAUGGUUAGAUGGCCUGUGGAAAUAAAUUGGCUUACUUAUUCUUUUAUUCUUAUCAUUUAAUGUUUUCUCUUAUUAUUCUUAAUCUUUUUAUAGCAACAGUGAUUUCGGCUUAUGAAUAAGCUUUUAAAGCAGAUGAAAGUGCUAUUGAUCAUUAUUAGCUUAAUGAUAUUCUCUAGUUAUGGCAAAAAUAUGAUCCAAAUGCGAAAGGGUUUAUAAAUUACAAAGAAUUCUGGAAAUUUUGUGGAGAAAUUGCAGUUAUUUAUGGAGUUGAUUAGUAAGAUUUAUUAAACUAAAAUUAUAAAAAAAUCUUUUUAACAGCUCUUUAAAUACCUAUUUAUGAAGAUCCAAAUGAAAGGAUAUUUUGCUAUAAAUUUCAUGAUGUAGUCACUAAAGUUUCUAAAAUUUCAGUUACUAUUAAAUUUGGUGUUACUAAUUUAGAACCUGAAGAUGAAAAUCUAAUUUAGGAAUUAGAUAAAUUGCUGAAUAUAAAAAGUAUAAAAAAUGUUCACUUGAUGAAAUAAACAAAACUCACAAGUGAAGAUAUGGCAGCUAUUUUCAUUUUGUAAAAAAAAAUGAGAAUUUGGAGAAGAAAAAUGAAAAAUAAUUAAUAAGAAGUCCCUCUUUAUGAUCUUAAAGAUAUUAUGAAAAGUAUGGUUAAUACUAAAAAAAUUACAAAAAAUAAUUUAGAAGAAUAAAAAGGAGAAUCAAAUGAAGAGCAAGAUUUAAAAAAUGACAAUAAUGACAUUAAAUCUUUAAAGUUAGAAGAGUUUACUAAUUUUAUGUCAAAUAAAUAUGAAGAAAUAAACCCUUAAUUAAAUAUUAUUGAGAUAUAAAAUAAAAGAUCAAGUUAAAAAAGAUAAAAAAACGAAAUAAAAACAUCUGAGUGGUAAAAAAGAUGA